AUGCUCGCUCACGGCGGCCGCGUGUCCGUCUUGGACGCAUGCAGAACGUUCGAACUUACUGGUGGCAUGGCUUACUCGGCACUUAAGGUCGACAUUGUGCUGUAA